GAUGUCGUGAUAGUGUGUGACGUAGAAGGAAGGAAAUUUUGAAUGUGUGAGAAAUGAAAUGAGUAUUUUCUCCCAAAAAAUUAAGAAAGAAAAUUGUUUAAGGUGAUAUUAAUUAAUUUAUAUACUGUAGACAAUGUAUUAUUCUCAUUCGUCUCCACUCCAAGAAAUUUCUCCAACGUCGAGAUGUUUUGGAAAUUUAAAUUUGAAUAUUUCGGACAUAAACAAUUAUUUAUCAUUUCAGACUGAGGAAACGGAUCAGGAAAUAGAUAGAAAUGCAAUAAAUACACGUGGAGCAAAACUACAGCAAACGUCAAGACAUUCAAAUUUAAAAUCGAAUAUAAAUCCACAUACAAAUUUUACACGUGGUAGACGUCAAGACUGUUUUGAAAUAAAUCGUCAACAAAUGCGUACAAAAAUAUCGAAAGAUAAAGAAGAUAGCGGCAGUUUGUUUCGAGAGUUUUCACUUUAUAAUGACUUCUCUGCAUCUGUUAGAGAGAUGUUACGUGAACUUGGAUUAAAACCUCCAGUUAGUGAUCCUCUAGAAAAUGUUGAACGUAAUUUAAGCAUCGAAUGUAUACCUAAGCCGUCAUCACUUUUAGAAAAUACGGUUCUGAUGAGUAAAUUAGAAAAAAUUGACUGUAUUGUGCCUCCUUUAAAUUGUUCGAACUUAUCUUCAAGAAAUAGAUCAACAAAUCAAAUACUUGAUUUGGAAAAAGAAAUAUUUCGUAGAAAGCAUUGUGAACAUUUAAUACAAGAUUUACAACAAAAGCUUUUAAGUAAUGAACAGGAGUUAGCUUUGGUUUCUGCUGUUAAUGAGAAGAAAAGUCUUGUAAUAAAAGAACUCCGUCAGGUAAUGGAGAAUCUUGCUAUUUCUUGGAAAAAAUUAGAAGAUUCACAAAUAAAAACAAUAAAAGAUUUACAAAAUGAAUGUGAUAAUUUGAAAGAAAGUUUAAAACAAAAAAAUAAGGAGUUAGAAAAUUCUGAGAAUGCUUUGUCCAGUAUGAAAGAAAAUCUUUCUGAGUUAAAUUGUAAAUUAUCUGAGAAAGAAGAAAAACUUAAUUCUGAAAUUUUAUAUAAUGAAGGCACACAGAAAACUUUGGAUCAGUUAAGAGAGAAAUUGCAAAAAGAAAGUACAUUUGUUGAAGAAUUAAAGAUUGAAAUUGUAAAUUUACAAAAAUGUUUAGAAAAGGAGCAGCACAUUUCUCUUCAAAAGAUGUCAGAAUUUGAUCAGUCAAAACAAAAGCUUCAGCAACAGUUAUCGGAAGAAAUAGAAAAGAAAAAUGAACUGCAAACAAAAUUAGAUGAAGUUGCAUUCAGUUUAGAGAUGAUGAGUGCAGAUAAUUUUGCUUUAAAAGAACAAUUAGAAUUGAUUAUGAAAGAAAAAAAUUUUGCAGAGGAGGAGUUGAGAAGGAGAGAGUCUGAAUAUAUUGGUCAAGAAAUUGAGUGGAAAUCUAAAAUGGAUAAAAAAAUAAAUGAACUUGAAACAAAAUAUGAAGAAAAAGAAAAACAUCUUAAAGAACAACUAGAAGCGAAAUAUGAAGCAGAAAUCAGUGCACGUACUUCUGAAUAUGAAAACUGGAAAGAAGAAGAACUAAGUAAAUAUGAAAUUAAAUUUCAAGAACUGAAAGAUAAUGCAUCAAUACAAAAUGAACAAAUACAACAACAGUAA